UUUACUUUUCAGUUUCAUCUUUUACGCUUCUGCUCCUUCACUCCGUCUCAAGGGAUAGAGAGGGAGCUCUCAGCGGGGAGGCGGAGAGGCGGUGCUGAGGGAGCUGCAGCGGUGUCUGUCUGCAGGUCCUUCUACAUUCUCCGCAGAAGAAAUCACUGAUCAGGGUUUCGAGGCUUGCAAUUUUCCCAUGGGGAAAUCUCCUGGAAGAUGGAUCAAGACACUUCUCUUCGGAAAGAAGACUAAAUCACAUACUUCAAGGGGAAGGAAUGUACUGUCAGAAGCUAAUAACAAAGGAUACGCUGUUGGAAAAGAUCCGAAUUUGGUAGUGAAUUCCCUAGAAAUUUCCGAACCACUCCCUGUAAGCACUGAGAAUAGUAGAGAUACAGUAAAUGACGGAAAACCAUCAGAUACUGGGGAGCCAGCCAUUUCCAACACUAGUCAAGGAGUUGUAGGAUCUACGACAUCAGAAGCCAUGAGCAAUAACAUAGAAAAGCAGGCUGCCAUAAAGGCACAGGCAGCAUUCCGUGGUUAUCUGGCUCGUAGGGCAUUUCGUGCACUGAAAGGUAUUAUUAGGCUGCAGGCUAUAAUACGUGGGCAUCUGGUGAGAAGACAGGCUAUUGCAACUCUACAUGCUAUGGAGGGAAUUGUCAAGUUACAAGCUAUAGCUCGUGGAAGAAAAGUUAGAAGUUCCUUUAGUGAGCUGAAAGUCACUGUAAACUAUUAUCAACUAAAGACUGUGGAUCCGAUAUCACAAGAUGCUUGGAAAGGGAAGUUUUCAUCAAAUACAUAUAUAUGGAAGCUUCUUUCUUCAUCCAUUCUUGCAAAACCAUUGCAAAUUAAUUAUGAUAAAGGUGACCCAAAUUCAGUCUUCAGCUGGUUAGACAGAUGGACCACUAUCAGUUUCACAGUGCCGACAGUCAAGUCGAAACGGAGAAUUAUUUCGAAAGGCCAAGCAAACCGUGCUGUGGAAUAUGAAUCAGGAAAAUCAAGGCGCGUGCGAAAUAGCUCUGCCUCAAAUGUUGGAGCUGCUCAAACAAAUACCAACAAUGAACCUGAGAAAACAAAGAGGAAUCUGAAAAAGGCAAACACUUACCAAACAGAAGGCAUACCAGAACAAGCACAAUCAGAGCUCGAAAGGGUAAAACGUAAUUUAAGAAAGAUAUCUACUAUAAAGGAUGGGAAUGAGCAACCAGAGAUUGGAAGUCAGAAAUCAGACCUAAGUUUGAAAAAGGUGGCUGUUAGUUUAUCUGAGAAUCCUAGCCAAGGAGUUGUUGAUUCCAUGGAAAAAACAAAGAAGGAUACUGCUGUAACACCUACUAUGAAACUGGAUACUGAAAAUGCUUCCGGACCCACUGUAGCAGAUGAACAAAUUGAUGUGCUGCCUGAUGAUAAACCAUCGAAUGAAACACAACUAUUGCAGGAGAUAGAUAAUUCUGAGAACAACAUAGUGAUGAGUGAAGAAGUAAGCUUGAAGGAAGAACUUUGUCAUGAAACCCAAAAGACCAGCAAAAGGAGAUCUUUCUCGGCCAAAUCAGAAUAUCCUGAAAACGGGUUGCCAAAUAUUCCUGUGGUUCCUAGUUAUAUGGCUGCAACUGAAUCUGCUAAGGCAAAAUUACGUGGGCAAAUAUCUCCAAGGCUUGUGUCGGACUCUGUCGACAAAAGUGGAAUUACUCGCCGACACUCUCUACCGUCCACUACCAAUGGCAAGAUGAGUUCGCCCAGGACAAAGAAACCAGUACAAGGUAGGGAUGUAAAUGAUAGGGCGAUUCAAGUGGGUUGGAGGCGGUGAAUUUUACUCGGAAAUACAGAUCCACUGUCUGGAGUAAAAUUUGACUUUAAUCGGAGUAGAUUUUUGUUUCCUAUUUAUUUGCUUGUUGAUAUUGUGCUCUAGUGCAUUCUAAACUUACUGAUUUGAACGGAUCAAUGUGUGGUUUGUUCCAAAAGCAUCCAUAUGCCCUGCCUAUGUCUGCCUGUGCAUAGUCUUAUCUGCAGGGUUAGCUUUCAGUCA